AUGGGGCUCCUGCCCAAGCCGGAGCGACAGGGCAGCGCCGCCUCCGCGGGCUCCGCCGGCCGCUGCUCCCGCGCCUUCUUCGGCAACAUUAAGGUGUUCGUGCUCUGCCAUGGCCUCCUGCAGCUCUCCCAGCUCCUGUACAGUGCCUACUUCAAGAGCAGCCUCACCACCAUCGAGAAGCGCUUCGGCCUCUCCAGUUCCUCCUCGGGUCUCAUUUCCAGCUUGAAUGAGAUCAGCAACGCCAUCCUCAUCAUCUUCGUCAGCUACUUCGGCAGCCGGGUGCACCGUCCACGGUUGAUUGGCAUCGGGGGUCUCCUCCUAGCUUCGGGUGCCUUCGUCCUCACCCUCCCACACUUCCUCUCUGAGCCCUACCAGUACACCGUGGCCAGCGUCGGGAACAGCAGCCUCGCCCACACCGAGCUCUGUCAGAAGCACUGGCAGGACCUGCCCCCCAGUAAGUGCCACAGCAGCACCCAGGACACCCGGAAGGAGACCAGCAGCAUGUGGGCUCUCAUGGUGGUCGCCCAGCUGCUGGCGGGCAUCGGGACAGUGCCCAUCCAGCCGUUUGGGAUCUCCUAUGUGGACGACUUCUCGGAGCCCAACAACUCGCCCCUGUACAUCGCCAUCUUAUUUGCCAUCUCUGUCUUUGGACCGGCUUUUGGGUACCUGCUGGGUUCUGUCAUGAUGCAGAUCUUUGUGGACUACGGCAGGGUGGACACAGGGUUAGUUAACUUGAGCCCUGAAGACCCCCGCUGGAUUGGAGCCUGGUGGCUGGGCCUGCUCAUCUCCUCAGCCUUCUUGGUUCUCACCUCCUUCCCCUUUUUCUUCUUUCCUCGCACAAUGCCCAGAGGAGUGGAGGCAUCUCCCGCCAUGACGGACGAGCCAAUGAAGAUGACGGUCAAGCCAAGAGGCUCUCUGCUGGAUUUCAUUAAACGGUUUCCCCGCAUCUUCCUUAAGCUCCUCAUGAACCCUCUCUUCAUGCUCGUGGUCCUGGCUCAGUGCACCUUCUCCUCCGUCAUCGCCGGCCUCUCCACCUUCCUCAACAAGUUCCUGGAGAAGCAGUAUGGUGCCUCCACGGCCUACGCCAACUUCCUCAUCGGUGCUGUGAACCUCCCCGCCGCAGCCCUGGGGAUGCUGUUUGGAGGAAUCCUCAUGAAGCGUUUUGUUUUCUCUCUGCAAACCAUUCCCCGAGUGGCUGCCACCAUCAUGACCAUCUCCAUUAUCCUAUGUGCCCCUCUCUUCUUCAUGGGAUGCUCCACCCCAAUCGUGGCAGAGGUCUAUCCACCUAGCACAUCAAGUUCUAUAUAUGCGCAGCCGCCUGCCUGCCGCAGGGACUGCUCGUGCCCGGACUCCAUCUUCCACCCGGUCUGUGGAGACAAUGGGGUAGAGUACCUCUCCCCGUGCCACGCAGGCUGCAGCCACAUCAACGUCAGCACCGUAGCCUCCAAGCAACGGAUCUAUUUGAACUGCAGCUGUGUGACCGGGGGAUCUGCUUCAGCAAAGACAGGAUCAUGCCCCAGCCCCUGUGCCCACUUCCUGCUCCCGUCCAUCUUCCUCAUCUCCUUCGUGUCCCUCAUCGCCUGCCUCUCCCACAACCCCCUCUACAUGAUGGUCCUGCGUGUGGUGAACCAGGAAGAGAAGUCGUUUGCCAUUGGGGUACAGUUCUUGUUGAUGCGCCUGCUGGCCUGGCUGCCCUCGCCGGCCCUCUACGGCCUCAUCAUUGACUACUCCUGCAUCCGGUGGAACGCACAGUGUUCAGGGCGGCGCGGGGCCUGCGCCUACUACAACAACGACGCUCUUCGAGACAGGUACCUGGGCCUGCAGGUGGGCUACAAGGUGCUGGGCACGCUGCUGCUCUUCUUCACCAGCUGGCGGGUGAAGAAGAACAAGGAGUACAACGUGCAGGAGAAGGCUGCAGGCCUCAUCAUCUGA